UCCCGCCAUCUCUACUCCAUACGGGGCUAUUCUUGGGUCUCCCGCCUUCUCUACUCCAUACGGGGCUAUUCUUGGGUCUCCCGCCUUCUCUACUCCAUACGGGGCUAUUCUUGGCUCUCCCGCCUUCUGUAUUCCAUACGGGGCUAUUCUUGGGUCUCCCGCCUUUCUCUACUCCAUACGGGGCUAUUCUUGGGUCUCCCACCAUCUCUAUUCCAGAGGGGCUAUUCUUGGGUCUCCCACCAUCUCUAUUCCAGGAGGAAGCUAUUCUUGGGUCUCUCACCAUCUCUACUCCAUACGGGGCUAUUCUCGGGUCUCCCGCCUUCUGUAUUCCAUACGGGGCUAUUUUCGGGUCUC